GAAAAGGAUCGUGAUCGUGAUAAAUAUGAUGAACGAGAGAAUAUGGUGAGUGCGGCAGGAGGGGGUACGAACCAUGACCAACAGCAGCAGCCUCAUUUCCAUCGGCACAAAGAGAAGAAACGCGAAAAAGAUCGUGAAAAAGAGCGAACGCAUCACCGAAAAGAGAAACGAAAGGAACGCGACACACCCCAUGAAGGCAGCAGCCAUUCGGAACGGCAUCGAAGCCACACGCACCGAACUCCUCCGCCUUCUACGCGAUUGCAGUUGUCUGAAGAUGAUCUGAAACAUUCCAAAAAACGUCUCUAUACGGGUGAGAAUCAAGAGCGAGAACGGAUCGAUGGCGAGCCGAUGCGCAAGAUACCGAAAUUGAAGAUAAUAAUCGGCGGGAGUGGAGGCACAAGCAGUGUUCAGGCAUCACCGUCCAGCAACAGCUCACCGAUUUCCUCACCUCAUAUCAACAAUAACAGCACUGCAAAUGCUAUUGAACAAAUCAAACUGAAGGUGAAACCGAUCGUGACAUCGUCACAAGAUAGCCGUAAUGACUCGCAGUCGUGCUUAUCGCCUGGUACGACGAAGUCAUUAACACUGAACUCACAACAGCAGCAGCAAAUUAUAUCAGCAAAUGAAAACAGCGUUAAUAGUAAUUUGAAGGCAAUAGUGAAGAGUAGUGGCGAAAAGAAGCAACGCGCCUACUCGUCGUCGUCUGCCACUGCCACUGUUACUGCGCCAGCAAGUUCGUCUGUUUCGAUAGCGUCGUCACAACAAAGUAAAUCGAAACGACAUGAAAUAAACGAUGACAACUCGUCGGAAACAAAGGAGAAAAAUCAUAAGAUGCGUAGCAGCAGUCAAGCACAACAGGAUAACAGCACGAAUAGCGGCGCUAGGCUAUCAGCAGAGAGGUCAUCUGAAGUAGUAGUAGUAUCACGUGAGAGGGAACGAGAACGUGAGCGUGACCGAGACGAGAGACAGCGUGAACAUGAGCGGGAACGUGAACGUGUCACGGACAACGUGGAACCACGUGAACGACUGAAGGAGCUGGACGUGAAACGUUUCGAGAGGAGUGUCAAGAGGGAGGAGAAGGAGAAGCAUAAACAAGCCAAAGAGAAGCUGAAAGACGAUCGCCAAAAGCAACGAGAAAAGGAUCUGGAAAAGGAACGCAAGAAGAACGGCAAAACAGAUAAAGAUACAGCGAAGAUUUCGACGUCAUCUGUGACGAAGGCAUCGUCUCUUAGUUCAGGUGUGCCAAGGAAGGAGAAGGAAUCAGAAACGGCUUCAUUGAGCAGCAAAUCGGAUAAAUACGUGAGUGAGUUGAAAGCGUCAGCGAAGAAACGCAAAGAGAAGCCUCAAGAGUGUAUUACUGUCGAGAACGACGACUCGCCCGAUAAGGACGUGUGGAUCUGUCCCGAGUGCUCUGUGGCUUGUGUGGGUCUAUUGGUAGCACCACCAGUGGAUGUGCCGUGGUACUGUCAGAGUUGUGCCAAAAAGCACGCGAAACGUGGCAGCAGUUCAUCGAAUCGCAGCACACCAUCGGGCAAACGAUCACGCAAAUAA